CGAUGUAAUGAUGAUGAUGUAUACGCGGUCUGUCACGCACACGUGACCGUGUCACUGGUAGGCCUGGGUUCGCGCAUAAUGCAUCCAAUCGCUUUCUCCAGUCGUAUCUACGUGCAUCGACCCGGCCAGCAGCACAAGGUUUCAUGGCAUGGUACAUGGAUGACUUGUCGGGCACAUGUUGGGCACAUGGUGAUUAUAUGACAUAGUAUGAGUGCUCAAUUGGGGUGGAUGUCGAGGUCGGCUCCCAGCUUAAUAUAGCCUGAGCUGUGAACCUGGGUGUGAUGUCGAAGUCUGUGAUGGCGACGCGAAGGCUUCUGCGCGAGCGGCCAUCGAGGGAGGCGGAUGCGAGGCGGUCGGGAGCGGAAGGAAGGGCAUCGACAGGGCGUCGACAUGAAGACGAGUGGAGCCCUGCGCGGCUGUGAUUGGGCGUCGGGCACGUCGGUGGGCGCCUGUCUGCUGGGGCCAAUGGGGAGAGGCAGGGGCCUGGCAACGGAGGUGCGAGGCGUCGCUCUCCGCCGUCGAAGCACCAACGAAGGGCCCCCGACCAGGCCAGCCGACGUCCAAGCGACGCCAGCUUAUAUACGCCCGCCUCCGCUAUGCUGCCCCGCUUCCCCACUUCUUCUCUUCCCCCUCUUUUCAAGGCCGGGCCUUCAGCUGUGCUUUCCUUUCUACGGCUGUCCUCUCUUUCCCUGUCCUCUCCGUUCCUGUCAGGCCACAGUUCAUCCAACUUCGGCAGGUCCAGUCAUGCAGCUUCCGAUCUCCCUUUCCGUCCUCCUGGCUUCCGUCUUUGUCUCGCUCACUUUGUUCGGCGAUCCUGCGAUCGCUGCCCCCGCAAAGCGUAAUGCGAAGAUGAUCACGCUUCCGUUGAAGCGUGCGCACCAGGCGCGGACCGAUGUCCACCCGCAAGUGUUCUUGCAGCAGCAUCUCAACCGCAGUCUUAGGCGCUACGCGCGCAUGACCGGAAACAUCCAGCCUAGCAAGCGCUCGCUUGAGGCCAAGCUCCACAAGCGUAUGGAGGCAGUCGAACCUCUGUUUGGCCGCGCGAACCGCAAACGCGCCCACAAGCACAAGAACAACAAGAACAACGGUGCUGGCGCGGCAGCGAACGGCACCGCGUCCACAGCAAAUGCCACUGCGACCAGUUCGACCGCCGCGGCGGGUAAUGCCUCGAGUUCGGCAUCCGCCGCUACUGGCGCCGAUUCUACCGCUGCAGGCUUCCCCGAAAUUGACCUCGAGGCUCAGGCGAAUGGCGGCCUCACUGCUGCCAACACGCCCACAACGGCCAACACUCUUGGUCUUAACAUCGAGGCGAACGAUGUCGGCUACAUCGCGACUGUGCAAGUCGGUACGCCGGCGCAGGACUUCAAGUUCCUUAUGGACACCGGCUCUGCAGACAUGUGGGUUGGUUCCGAGGAUUGCACAACCCAGGGCACGACUCAGGGCUGCGGCAACCACACUUUCCUUGGCACGAACACCUCUUCGAGCUUUGCGCAGAUUGGCAAGCAGUUCCAGGUUACCUACGGUACAGGUCAGGUCCAGGGUGUGACGUGCUCCGACAAUGUCAACAUCGCUGGCCUUGCGCUGAACAACCACACCUUCGGUGUUGCGAACGUCGAGAGCACUGACUUCUCUGCCGAUACCGUUCCGUUUGACGGUCUCAUGGGUCUCGCCCAAUCUACCCUCUCCGAGGAAGGCGCCAACACGCCGCCAGAGUCCCUGGCCCAGAACGGCCUCAUCGAGCAAGCGAUCACGUCCUUCAAGAUCUCGCGGCUCGCGGACCAGCUCAACGACGGCGAGGUGACCUUCGGCGGGCUCGACACGGCGAAGUUCGACCAGGCCUCGCUCGUGACCGUCGACAACGUCAGCCAGGAGGGCUUCUGGGAGGGCGCGAUGGAUGCGGUCACCGCCGACGGGCAGGACCUCGGCCUCCAGAACCGCUCCGCGAUCCUCGACACGGGCACGACGCUCAUCGUCGCGCCGCAGACGGACGCGGACGCGGUCCACGCGGCGAUCCCCGGCGCGCAGAGCGACGGCCAGGGCGGGUACACGAUCCCGUGCACGAGCAACACGAGCGUCGCCCUCGCGUUUGGCGGCGCGCAGUUCGCGAUCGACCCCGUGGAUCUGCUCUUCACGCCUGUGGACGCGACUGACCCCACGGGCGACUGUGUGUCGGGCAUCUCGGCGGGCGAGAUUGACGGGGCGACGACGUGGCUGGUCGGCGACGUCUUCCUCAAGAACGUCUACAUGUCCGUCAACCAGAACACCAACCAGAUCUCGCUCGCCAAGCUCGUCUGAGCGCGUGCCCGACGCGCCCAAGUAUCUCUGACCUCCGCCUCGCACCUGCGCCUCCACGCCACGCAUCACGAUUCACUUACCCUACACGUACUGUAUCGCUCACUGCUCUGCACGGACUCGCUGCCUGCUCUCACGGACUCUGCUCUAUCACACUAGCCACUGCGGACACUCCCGGACAUUGACUGCCCCGACGGACAUCGCUACUUACUGGAGAUUUGCUCACUCGUAGUGCUCUUCACCCUCGUACUACCGCUCAUAGCUGCCUUGACUCGGAUACACAGAUUGGACAUUCCCCUUCCCCUUUUGCCUUGCAUUCCUGCUCUUCUCGUUCGUUUGCCCAUCCUUUUUUGGCUGCCGCCUGCUUGCUCAUCUUUGGGCGGCGCCGGUUGCACACACAGUACGUUGCAAUGCAAUGAGAGCAAGGCCCGCUGUAGCGGGGAAGCACAGAUGAAUCUUUG